AUGGGAGGCCGAGGGAGGUCCCGUACCCAGAGAAAGCAUUUCCGCCAGAGCAGAGAAAAUGUAUGGAAACGCCCCAAAUCUGAUGAUACUCAAAAUCCUGAAAAUUCCAGCAACAGUACACCGGAUGAUACCAAUGAUAGCAGAGUUAAUAGAGAUCCCGGUUGGCAACCUUUUGCUACCCAGAACACGGGUUUUGAUGAAUAUUACAAAGAACAAGAAAUUGUUUCCCAGGAAGAGUGGGAUACUUUCGUCAAGUAUCUUCGGACGCCGUUGCCUGCUGCUUUCAGAAUUAAUUCCAGUAGUCAGUUCUAUAGGGAUAUUCGGCUGCAGUUGGAAAAUGACUUCACCAUAUCUCUCCAGGCUGAGGAUAUCGAUGGGUGUGAAGUGGUGGCAAUAAAACCGUUGCCCUGGUACCCCAAUAAUCUUGCUUGGCAUUCAAAUUUUUCCCGGAAUCAGCUGAGGAAGAACCAAACUCUUGAGAGGUUCCACGAGUUCUUGAAGCUAGAAAACGAAACUGGAAACAUUACAAGACAAGAAGCUGUCAGCAUGGUUCCUCCAUUGUUUCUGGAUGUGCAACCACACCAUUUUGUUCUUGAUAUGUGUGCAGCUCCAGGUUCAAAAACAUUUCAGUUACUUGAGAUGAUACACCAGAUGACAGAACCGGGUACCUUACCUAGUGGAAUGGUGAUUGCAAAUGAUCUGGAUGUCCAGCGCUGUAAUCUUCUAAUUCACCAAACAAAAAGAAUGUGCACUUCUAACUUGAUAGUCACAAAUCAUGAAGCCCAACACUUUCCAAGCUGUCAUCUACACAGGAAUCACAUAAAUAAUUCUGAGCUUGGAAAUGGUGAGGAACCUGGUAUCACUCAGCUUCAAUUUGAUCGUGUCUUGUGUGAUGUUCCAUGUAGUGGUGAUGGAACUUUACGCAAGGCUCCUGAUAUCUGGAGGAAAUGGAAUGCAGGAAAUGGUAAUGGUCUCCAUGGCCUACAAGUUCAGAUAGGAAUGCGAGGUAUAACGUUGCUUAAAGUUGGUGGGAGAAUGAUCUAUUCAACUUGUUCAAUGAACCCUAUUGAGAAUGAGGCUGUGGUUGCCGAGAUCUUGCGUAGAUGUGAAGGGUCUAUUGAGCUCGUGGAUGUCUCCAGUGAGCUGCCUCAAUUGAUUCGCAGGCCAGGCCUUAAGAAAUGGAAGGUUCGAGAUAAAGGGGUGUGGUUUACAUCUUAUAAAGAUGUCCCUAAAUAUCGAAGGUCUGUAGUUACUUCGGGCAUGUUUCCCUCUGGUAAAACAUACGAGGAAACAUCUGAGCAUGAUCAUGAAACUGUUACUACAGAAUUAGUUGAGAAUGGUAAGGAGAGCACUGGAAAUGGACUCCAGAUGAUUGAUGUUUCUAUGGUUCCAACUCAAUGUUUGGAGGCAGAAGUCUCGACUCUACCUUUGGAACGUUGUAUGAGGAUAGUGCCUCAUGACCAAAAUACUGGGGCCUUCUUUAUUGCUGUUUUUCACAAGCUUUCACCUCUUUCUGUGACGCAGAAAAAAACUGUCAGUCUUCCUAAGAAAAUGAAUUCUAGUAAUGCUCAAGCUGAAAUAUUAAAGAAUGAGGUGAAAGAAGAUUCAGAUGGGGUGGAAAUUGAUUCAACUGGAGGCACUGAGGGUCAACUUUCUGAAGCCAAUAUUGAUGCUGAUAUACUUGACAAUGGAAUCGAUGAAGAUGCUUUGGAUACUGACAGUAAUAUAAUGUCAAAAGUAACUGAAAAAGAGGAAGCCCAACCUUCUCCUGAUACGAAAACUGGUGCCGAAGUGACGAGGGGUAAAAGAAAGCUACAGAUUCAAGGAAAGUGGAGAGGAGUUGAUCCUGUUCUUUUUUACCGGGAUGACACUGUUAUUGACAGGAUAAUGGAAUUUUAUGGAAUUAAAGAAUCCUUUCCAUUUAAAGGUCAUCUCAUUACAAGAAACAUAGACAAUAACCAUGUGAAGAGAAUAUACUACAUCUCAAAGUAUGUGAAGGAUGUUCUUGAAUUGAACUUAUUAGCUGGCCAACAUCUUAAGAUUGCUUCCGUUGGACUGAAGAUGUUUGAAAGACAGACUUCGAAAGAAGGGACAACUGCUCCCUGUCUAUUUCGAAUAUCUUCUGAAGGAUUGCCAUUGAUUCUUCCACAUAUAACUAAGCAAAUCUUAUAUGCAUCUGCAGUAGAUUUCAAGCAUCUAUUACAAUACAAAAUUAUCAAAUUUUCAGAUUUCGUUAAUCCCGAGUUUGGAGAAAAGGCUUCAAAGCUAAUGCUAGGUUGUUGCGUGGUGGUUCUGCACAGAGACGACAAGGACUUAUCAGGAGAUGAGCAAGUGGAUGCAUCGGCAGUUGCUAUUGGAUGUUGGAGGGGUAGAACUAAUGUAGCUGUGAUGGUGACUGCAAUUGACUGCCAGGAACUGUUAGAAAGGUUGUCUGCGCUUAAAGCAACAGAAACAGCCCCAAUGCAGGAUAAUAGUUCCUCCCAACUCCAGCUUAAAGCAACAGAAACAGCCCCAGUGCAGGAUAAUAGUUCCUCCCAACUCAAGGCUGAUGAAAUCGGGCACAAGAAUGAUUCUGAAAUUAAAGAGGACAUUAAAGCCUCGACACCAGAAACUCUUGGUUGA